CAGUCCUCCCACAGCUUCUCUGCAACAGGCUGCAGUCUGGAAGGAAAUCGAGAGGUAAAAUCGAUCAUUGCAUACGCAGGAGAUUCGGUACUGCUGACGUGCUCCUGCACUGACCUCCACCCCCAACCUGUGAUGUUCACCUGGAGGAAAUACAGCUAUUCAAAUGGAUGGCUGCUGAUAUCUCCUGAAAAUCAGCAGUACAAAGGCAGAUUUCAGCUGGUUAAUGAUCGCUCGUUUGCCAAUCUCUCUCUGCUCAUAUCAAAUGUGACUGUAGAAGAUGGAGGAGAUUACAUGUGUGUGAGCGGCACACGGGGUGAAUACAGAGACAUCAGACUCAAUGUUAAAGGCUGCAGGCUUGAAGAAAAUGAAGAUGUAAUACAGAUCACUGCAUACGCAGGAGACUCAGUACGAGUGCCCUGCACCUGCACAGACCUCCAGACCAAACCCGAGACCUUCAAAUACAUCAGUCCAGAUAGAUGGGUAAAGCUAUCUCCAGAGAAUGAGCCUCACAAAGGCAGAAUUCAGCUUGCCAGUGAUCCCUUUUCGGGAAAUACCUCUCUGGUCAUAUCAAACCUGACUGAAGAGGAUGAUGGAUAUUACAGGUGUCUAAAAGAGGGUGAAAACAGAUAUUUCAGCCUCACUGUUUUAGGCUGCAGGCUGGAAGGAAAAGGAGACCUACAACUGAUCACGGCAUACACAGGAGGCUCAGCACUGCUGCCCUGCUGCUGCACUAACGUCCUCAACAACCCUCAGUUAUAUACAUGGUGGAAAUACACAACAAAUCAAAGUCAAUGGGUAAAGAUAUCUCCUGAGAGUGAGCAGUACAGCGAAAGAUUUCAGAUAUUUACCAAUCACUCUUCUGGAAAUCUUUCUCUGCUGAUAUCAAAGUUGACUGAAGAAGAUGGAGGAGAUUACAGCUGUAGUCUUAAACAGAGAGAAUACAUCUAUUUCAGACUUAGUGUUAAAGAAUCUCAUCCCUUCGCCCUGUUCACCAUGGUGACCGGGAUCUUUCUUGUCUUCAUGGUGGUUGUGGUCUAUUGCAUCACCAAAAAAAACGCUCCCCAGGAUACAGUUCAUUACAACAGAGGUGAGGGAGAUGAAACUGUGAGUCUGGAGUAGAAAAGAACAUCAACUGAGCAUCUCACAUGUAACGCCAACAAGAAUCCUACACACCUGAUUAACAGACCAGAUAGUCACCCACACACCUAAUUAACAGAUGGUCGACAAGACCCCUGAGCAGUUAGCAACUUACAUACCUGCUGUUUUUCAUUUACAAAUUGGUCUUUUCUAGCCAUUUACACAUUCAUCCUAUUUUAUUUGAUUUCAAGCCUAACAGUACAGUCGUUUAUGUAUCUUGUAUAAUCGUAAGCAGAUAAGGGACGAGGGCCUUUCUCAAGGGCCUAGCAAUGACUGCUUGGUGGUGCUGGGAUUUGAACUUGUGACCUUUCGAUCCAGCGUCCAAUCCAAUUACUAGAUUUCAAAGCAUAUCUUUUGAAGAUUUUAUAUACUUUUUUGUUAGCAUUUUUACUGAAUUUUGAAAACAUAAUCUGCCACAUUUGCAAGCUACACAUUUUUUGUCUAUACCUUUUAAAAAAUUUCUGCACAUUGGUUACAUG